CAUAUAUUACAGGUUCAUCUUGUUGGAAUAGAUAUCUUUACAGCUAAAAAAUAUGAAGAUUUGUGCCCAUCCACUCAUAAUAUAGAUGUUCCCAAUGUUAGUCGAAGUGAUUUUCAGCUGAUUGAUAUUAGUGAUGAUAGUUAUGUUUCACUUAUGAAUGACAAAGGAGAUACCCGUGACGAUCUGAAGCUUCCCGAAGGAGAUUUGGGACAAAAAAUAAAAGAAGAAUUUAGUAAAGAUGAUAUUUCAGUUAUUGUCACAGUCUUAGCAGCUGUUGGUGAAGAGGCAAUAGUCGCAUGUAAGAAUGCUACAUAACAGAGAAACCAAAGCAUAUAGGAACUGGAGAAUUGGAUAUUAAUGCAAGCAUUUUGUUUGUUGAUGGGUUGUGAAAAAAUCAUUUCAUGUUUAAAUUGUGCGUUUUUUAAGGUUUGUGUUCCAAGAGCAUUGUAGUGCUUGCCAUUGAGUCCCCUUCUCCUUUUUUUGUACAGCGUAGCAUUUAGUUGCUAUUGCUAAUGUGACUAUGGAUGUUAAAAUAAAAGGAGUUUAACUUUUAAUAUGGAUGAUUGACUUACAAUAAAUUUUUCAUAAAUUAUAUAUUUUACAUUUAGUAUAUAUAUAUAUAUAUAUUAAUAUCUCAAGAGGUUUAAUUGGUGUAAGUCAGCUCGUCUUUUCCGGUGUUAAAGAAUCUGUUGUUUUUGCCAAAUUGUGAUCAUAACAAAGUAGAGUUGGUUUGUAUUUUCUUAUAAAUUCAAAGUUUUUUUUAUACAAAGAUUGUUCUUGCUAAAAUUUGUCAUUCUAGAAGUUAUAUUGGAUGAAAUUAAACUUUAGGAUAUAGUAGGAGAAAAAAUUAAAAAAAAUGCAAAUUGUAUAUUAUAUAAACCUGUGCAAUAUCUGAUGAUUAAAAUUUAUGUAAAAUGCAUUCUGGCUUCGUAAAUAUGUAAUAUCAAAAGGAAAUUUAUUGAAAAGUGGAGUUUUUGAAUCAAAAAAAAUUGUUUUUUAAAACAUUUUUUGAAAUGAGGUAAUAUAUAUGCAUUGAAUUGUAAAAACUUUAUUUUUUAACACUGGCUGAGAAUAAAAAGUCUUAACUCUGAA